AUGAGGAGGCUGCGCAGAACUGCCUGCAGCGGCAGCACCAGCAGCUUGCUAUGCAGACACCCAGCAGCGAUCAAGGUGAGAGCACCGGCCGCAGCGAGAGCAACACCAGAGCGCUUACAUCAGCCAGCAAUACCACAAGCAGCAACAGCAGCACAGUGCAGUUACAGAGCAGCAGCCGCAAGCAGUGGUGGGCGACCAGAAGGAGGCUUUUUACGGCUUCCAACAAAGCACUUGCCCGCCAAGGAGGGACUUAAGGGAGGCAUCGCCGCCUCCAGGGCCUCUCUACUCAGUAGCGGAGUCGCUGAGAGGGGGGAAAAGAACUCUGCAGCUGCAAACCAGUGGCCCCCCGCAGCAAGGGCUGCAAGCCGCACAGCAGACACUCCGCCUGUCUCAGCAAGAGGAGCAGCGGAAGCAGCAGGCUCCACAUUUCCUAUCGACGCAGGAGCGACAGAGGCUUCAAAGCCUACGGGUCGGGGAGCAGCAAGCGGAGAAGAGCUUUCAGCAUCACCAGCAGCGGCAACUAGAGUACGUGGCGGCAACAACGCCACAUCCGCAGAAGCCGGACGAGGCGCAGCCACAGCUGCAGCAUGGCAGACACCAGCACUGGCAAAGCGAGCUGCAGCAGCAACAGCAGCGAAUCCCAGGAAGCCUGUCUGGCAGAGUGCAGGGAGAGCCCACUUUGACUCCUCCACCGCGCAGUCACUUGUCUCCCACUCAAACUUGCGUGUCGUCGACACUGCUGCAGAAUCAUCAGAAAUCGCAGCAAGAACACCGGCAGCAUCCAACACCGUUGCAACAACAACAACAACUCGUGCACUUGCAGCAGUCCCGAGACCACGAACAGCUAUUGGCAAGUCAGCACGUGAAGUACAGCACCACUCAGAGCAAAAUCUGAAUUUGCAGCAACAGUCGCAGCAAAUAUCUCAGGAGGAGCAACAGCAGCAGCAACACACACAGGCAACCGAGAAGAGUCAGCAGCAGGAUUCACAGCAGUCGCAGGUACCACAAGAGCACCCGGAGGAGCGCCAACGAGCGCAGCACCAGGAAGCAGAACGAAAGCCACAACUGCACAGCGCUCGGCAGAAGAUGACUUUGCAGGGUCGGCCGCAUGCUCUACCUGAUUGCCAGGGAGAACAGCAGCAGACUCUGCCGCCACACAUACAACUGCAGCACGAACGACAGCCGCAAGAACAGCACGUGCCUCAGCGGCGAGAGCAUCGGCAACAGCAAGAGCAGCGAGAGCUGCCACCGCAGUUGCUUGCACUGCGAAGGGCAUAUCACUUGAGACAGCAGCAGAAAAUGCUGGCACCCACUACGCCUGUUUUGCAGCAACAGCAGGAGCCUUCCUAUUCCGAGCAACUUUCUCCACAGGAUCUGACUCCACCUAUGCAGCGCACAUUCCCGCAGGAACAGUGGGGCCUGCAAGAAGGGCAGCCGCUGAACAGCCAAGAAAUGGUGACACAGCAGCGACGACUGGCAGAAGGCGCAGUGCCCCCUUGUCCGUUCUGUGCGAUACUUCUGAAGGACUCAGAGGAUGCGGUCGCGCGAAAUAAGAAGGAACUGGCGCGGCUAGAGGAGGCACUGAUUCAGUGGCCAGGCGAAGAGGAGAGUGGCUACGUGCUGGCACCGGCACACUUGAAGAAAAGCGCCCGUAUGUGUUUUGGGGGACUAAGCAUUCAAACUAUGUUGGAGCGUGCAGAUUUCCCGGGAGCCAACGUACUAUCUGUAGGGCUUCCAGAGGCUCAACUUGAAGUGCGGAAUCAACGACAAAUACCCCAGCGACUAUGCUGUGGGUACGUACUGCAACGCCUCGUACCCAUACUUGCUGAUGAAGCUUACUGGCACGAUAAAUUAAAGUGUCUUGCUUUGCAAUACGACAAAGGUGGGCAAGUGCCAGCGAGCGGUGAGCGUUUCAAGGGGCAUUCUUCCCUUCGCGAUAAAAUGCUUCGCGAGCAGACGCCUUUUCUCGGAGCUAGCACAAUCGCCGACGGCCAAACUCGCCAACGGUUGGUGAUUCCUGCACUUGCUGGCGCCAAACAGUGCGCUAUCUGUUACAUUCCGUAG